UUGGCCUUGGGUGAUCCCCGCGGCUCCAGCCUGGACCCCGGCUUUCCCAGCGAGGACUCGGAGGCAGGAACACCGGGGGAUGCCGCCGGGCCGGGGGAGCGACUGAAAGCCGGGGAGGCGCCUUCCCUCAGGGCUGUCACCCCCCGGGGCUCCGGAGCCCGGCUGGAGAGGCGGCCGCCGGGAGUUGCGCGGGGCGCCGGGACCUUUGUUUUCUGUACCGUCUAUCUGGCCGACGACGAGGCGAUUUAUGCCACAGCCUCCCGCGCGGGCUCCGCCGAGGCUAUGCGAGAGCGCGGCCGGGACGCCGGGGGGCUCGCGCUGCGCCUAGGACUCUUCGGCCGCCCCGGGAUGCUGCACAGGGCCAAGUACAGCCGCUUUCGGAACGAGUCCAUCACGUCCUUGGACGAAGGCAGUCCCGGCGGCGCCGCGGGCAGCAAGGGCUCGCCGCAGCCUCCCUGCCCGGCCCUGGCCCCGCACCUGCCGGCGGAGGAUGCGGCCGCGCCGGCCCAGGAGGGCCCCACCCCGCUGUGCGCCUUGAUCCCGCGCAUGGCCAGCGUGAAGCUCGCCAACCCAGCCGCCCUGCUGAGUCUGAAAAACUUUUGCUUGGGUACCAAAGAGGUACCCCGGCUGAAGCUUCAGGAAAGCCAGGACCCGGCUCCCAGCAGCCCGGCUUCCCCCGAAAACAGCCUGCAUAGACCCGGGUCUGCACCCCAGCCCCGGCGGGACGCGGCGGGGCCCCGGGCGACCGGCUCGGCUCCCGAGGCCUGUCCCCUCCCCGGCCCUGGGGGGCCCACCCCGAGGCGCGGGCAGGACAGGCACUUUCUGCAGCACCUGCUGGGGACGGGCAUGAACUACUAUGUGAAGUACAUGGGCUGUAUUGAAGUGCUGCAAUCAAUGAGGUCACUGGAUUUUGGAAUGAGAACUCAAGUUACAAGGGAAGCAAUAAGUCGUCUGUGUGAAGCUGUCCCUGGGGCAAACGGAGCCAUUAAAAAACGGAAGCCUCCAGUUAAGUUCCUAUCAACAGUUCUUGGCAAAAGUAAUCUUCAGUUUUCUGGAAUGAACAUAAAACUGACCAUCUCAACAUGCAGCCUCACACUGAUGAAUCUUGACAACCAACAGAUUAUUGCAAAUCAUCACAUGCAGUCUAUUUCAUUUGCCUCUGGAGGGGAUCCUGAUACUACAGACUAUGUUGCCUACGUAGCUAAAGAUCCAGUUAAUCAACGAGCCUGCCACAUAUUGGAAUGCCGCAACGGGAUGGCCCAAGAUGUCAUAAGUACCAUAGGGCAGGCUUUUGAGCUCCGGUUUAAACAAUAUUUGAAAAAUCCUUCUUUGAGUACUUCUUGUGAAAGUGAGGAGGUGCAUGUUGAUGGCCAUGCUGAGGACAGAGAAGAUCAUGAGUAUUACAAUGAGAUACCAGGAAAGCAGCCACCUGUGGGUGGUGUUUCAGAUGUGCGGGUCAGAGUUCAAGUCACAGAACAAAUGGCUUACUGCCCCAUACGCUGUGAAAAGUUGUGCUAUUUGCCUGGAAACUCCAAGUGCAGCAGUGUCUAUGAGAACUGUUUGGAGCAAAGCAGGGCAAUCGGUAACGCCCACGAGAGAGCCGUGCAGUCCCAGAGCGACGCCUCCUUAUUGAAGCCCACCUGCCGGGUGGACCUGUUCGACGAUCCCUGCUACAUCAACACGCAGGCUCUUCACAGUGCACUCGGCCCUGCCCGAAACCAAAGCCCAGCUCAGCCGCCGGGGAGCCCGUGGCACCGUGAGAAAGCACCAGAAACCGUCCAGCCAGGUGCCACCGCCCAGACUGCCAGCUCACAUUCUUUGCCACACAUUCAGCAGCAGCUGCGGCAUGAAGACUGCUACCAUGGCAAGCUGAGCAGGAAGGCGGCAGAGAGCCUCUUAGUGAAGGAUGGCGACUUUUUGGUUCGCGAGAGUGCAACAUCUCCUGGCCAGUAUGUGCUGAGUGGGCUCCAGGGAGGCCAGGCCAAACAUCUUCUCCUGGUGGAUCCUGAAGGCAAGGUGAGGACCAAGGACCACAUAUUUGAUAACGUCGGCCACCUUAUCAGGUACCACAUGGAUAACAGUUUGCCAAUCAUCUCUUCUGGAAGCGAAGUCAGCCUUAAACAACCGGUGAGAAGAGAUAAUAUUCCAGGACUUUUGCAUUUAAACAAAUGAUCAUUUGGAAAUAACCAUCGUACUGACAAUUCAAGAAACUCCUUUUUGUGUUGGGACACAAGGAUAACUAAAACUUAGUUUCUAGGUAAAACAGAAUCCAAAUUAUGAAGUGCAUCUUUCCGAGACCACCAUGGACUAACAAAAGCUGAUCUUCAGAAAGUGGAAGUCAGAAGAGGGUAAGAGGAUGGGUCCAUUUGAAAAGAAGUUACACGUAUGCACGGGUGUCACUUUUUAAGGCCGUAUUGCAUUGAUAACAAGCUCAAAGCACAAUUAAAAUCACAUGCUGAAGACAACCUGCAUGAACUGCUGGGGCAGUGGGUGUGCCUUUCACCUGGGCCAUCUGGGGACAUUUUCAUAUCGGGGAGCUUAGUUCUCAGUGUCUUCAUAUUCCAUAACUACAGAACCAUUUGCCAAAAAAGUAUAUAUAAAUGUUUUUCCUUAUUACAAAAAUAAGAAGCAGUUUGCUGGUUGGAUAUUGACUUUAUUGUAUUUUUCUGUUUGGAAGCACUUUCACUGCAAUGUUAAAACAAAUUUGACACUGAAUUUGGACUGUGUAUGGCAGUAAAAUCAAAUCAGAAGCCACCAAAAGCAUAAGUCUGUUUCAUUGGCCUGUUCCAUUUGCCGGUUAAAGGAUUGGGGUCCAGAUUGUUUGGCCUAGUGUUUCUCGGUUUUUGCUAUUUGGACUGUUUGUAUGCAGCACAUGACAAGCUGAAGAGGCCAAAGCUAGCAGUCAUUUCUGAUUUCAUCGUAUUUCUCCCUUCCUCCUUCCUGCAGCCCAAAAAGCUCAUGAGUACACGGAUUUAAAAGAUGGCAAACAAACCAGUGUUCUUUAUAUUUAAUAUCCAGAUUGGUUCCACUACUAUGUAAAAUACUGAAUUUAUUUGAAAGUAUGGGGAGAUAGCCUCCUGAUUGGCUGUGACUCAUGAUAGUCCCUCACCUACAUGUGUCCAUAGCACCUUUUCUAGACAAGAUCAGACAAAAUGCAGAAGGGAGAAAACAUAGUCAGUGAAACAGCUGGAAAAGUUUGCCACGUGUAGAAGCCCUGGUGGACUAAUGGUAUAAUUAAGCAUUGUGUAGGGACGAGCACUGGGCUGGCUGUCAUCAGUGUGACCAGGAGCAAGUUGCUCAACCUGUCUGGACUCCCAUUUCCUUGUCUAUAAAAUGAGAGAGCUGGGCUAGGUGAAUUCAGAGGUCCAUUUCAGCCCUAACAGUAUGUAAAAAGCAAUAUUUCCAUUUAUUAGGGGUCCAUGUUGAUAACUAGUCGGUACAGUAAAGGUGAGAGCUUCAGUAUUUUCCUUUAGUCUGUGUCUGUACUCAGAAUGAAUCACCCAACUGAGAUCAGCGUUCGGAGAGUGGACAUCCCAAGCCUUUCGGUCAAAAACAUUGAAACUCGGGAAGAAUCUAAGUAAAUAUGGUAGAAGUGGAUUUGGCUGUUUUGAGUAGCAGAAAACUGUGUCAGUCCUUUACUUGCCUUUGCAUAUAGAGCUGGGGCCAUUACUCCUGGGUGUUUGUUCAUUCUGAGUUAUCUCGACAACAGUCUUAACAAUUCAUGUUGGCUAUGUAGAUACAACUUAAAGUUUGUAAUUGUGAUAUAUUUGCUAAGUUUUAAAUUAAAUAUGGGAAACUUCUUUUGGAUAGAAAUAAUGAGAAAUCAAGCAUACUGAACUCUAAUAUUUUUAUGAAAAAGCUCAUGAUUUUACCUUAUUUCUUCUGCUGUUAAUUUCUUAGACAGCUUUGUUUCCUUUUAUACAACUAGGAAAUAAUGUAUUUUUCAUCAGUUUUGCAUAUACCUUAGUUCUUGCUUAUCUGUCUUCAUAAAGGGAGGGGUUCAGGAGGUAUAGAUCAUAGAAACGUAUGGGUGAUCUAAUCACCUUCAUCAGAGACAGACAGGGAAGGGCUGUGGUCUCAAUCUGGCUGAGCGGUGUUAACUGGGUAGCAAGAAAGAGUUUCUGAUACACACAGAUGCAGAGAGGAUACAUGAUGUGAGCAGUACAUCUGGGUAAUGGGUAUGUGACUAUAAUGGUAUCGUAGUCGGAUGAGCAAAUAUUGCACUUGCAAAUGCCACAGACACAGUUAAAACCAAAAGAAACAGCAAAGGAAAUGUUAGAUUGCAUGCUAUUUUAAUGAUGCACUCUUAUCUUCACCUGUCUUAAAGUGGAAAUCCGUUUGCCUAUAAAUACCUGUAAAUGACUUUUCAAAAUGAAAUAAAUGAUUAUUACUUUGUGACAA